AUGAAUGUCCAUCAGUUGUUAGUUAUUGGAGACUCAGAUCUUUUGAUUCAUCAAGUUCAAGGAGAAUGGGCUGUGAAGAACCCUAAUAUUAUACCUUACGUACAGUAUGUACAGAAGUUGUGCAAAAGAUUUCGGAAGAUCGAGUUCAGAUAUACUCCCAGAAUACAUAAUGAAUUGGCCGAUGCUCUUGCCACCAUCGCUUCAACUAUUAAACAUCCGGAUACAAAUUAUAUUGAUCCUUUGGAUAUAGAGUUGAAAGAACAUGUAGUCCAUUGUUCCCAUGUUGAAGCAGAACCAGACGGUUUUCCUUGGUAUUUUGAUAUAAAGAAGUAUUUGGAGUCUGGAACUUAUCCUGAAGAUGCUACGGCUAACCAAAAGAAGUCGAUACGCCGUAUGGCCCUCACUUUCUUUUUAAGUAGAGAAGUCAUUUAUAGGAGGAAUCAGAAUUUGGUUCUUCUAAGAUGCGUUGAUGCCGUCGAAGCUGCGAGGCUGAUUGAGCAGAUACAUGCCGGAGUUUGUGGCACGCAUAUGAGUGGUCUCACUCUGGCAAGAAAGAUCCUGCGAGCCGGAUAUUUCUGGAUGACUAUGGAGAAUGAUUAUUGCAUGUUUGUGCAAAAAUGCCAUAAAUGUCAAGUGCAUGAUGAUCUGAUACGAGUGCCACCUCACAAACUUAAUGCUAUGAGUUCACCUUGGCCAUUUGUAGCUUGGGGAAUGGAUGUCAUCGAUCCGAUAGAGCCAGCCGCUUUGAAUGGACACAGAUUCAUUUUGAAUCCAUCAUUACUGAUAAUAGCAAAUCUAAAUAGUCACCUGAUGAGAGAUAUUUGUCAACAAUUUGAGGUCACUCAUCGGAAUUCAACUGCUUAUCGUGCCCAAAUGAAUGGAGCUGUGGAGGCCGCCAAUAAGAAUAUUAAAAAGAUUUUGAGGAAAAUGAUUGACAAGCAUCCAGUCAUACCUGCUGAAGUCGAGAUACCGUCUUUGAGAAUCAUCCAAGAAGCUGAGUUAAGUAACGCUGAAUGGCUUAGGAAGCGGAUUGAUCAACUAACUUUGAUUGAUGAGAAGAGAAUGGUUGACAUCUGUCAUGGUCAAUUAUAUAGGAAGAGAAUGGUUCGUGCCAUUCACAAAAGAGUAAGAGCCAGAAUUUUCAAAGAAGGUCAGUUGGUUCUUAAGCGUAUUUUUCCUCAUCAAGACGAGUACAAAAAAAAGUUUGCGCCAAACUGGAAAGGUGCUUACAUGGUUCGUGAAGUAUUAUCUGGAGGUGCUUUACUCCUGUCGGAGAUGGAUGGCACUGUAUUCCCUAAACUAUCAACUCGAUCGCUGUCAAGAGAUACUAUAUGUGUAGCUUCGGUUUAUAGUUUUGUUCUGAAAUCAGCAAAUUCAUACGAUGGAUGA